CCAUCCAUCACGGUUCCUACUCCCUGCAGCACUCAGCCCGGUGAUCUGCCUCAGAGGAGGCUCUCAACUCGACGUGGAUCCAGAUCCGCCCCGGAUCCAUGGGCUUUGCCCUUACAUCGUUCACACCCAUUCAUCCUCCCGAGGGAGAAAAGCCUUCCCCUGCCCAUUAUGGUAACAACGUGGGAGAUAACGGUGGUUCCUCUCGCCCAGGAUCGACUGCUCACACUGCGCCAAACUCACCGAUUUCCCAUCGGUGCUCGUUCUCAAACCCGAAUCUGGCUCCCAUGAUGAAACAACCUCAUCUUACGGCACAACAAAUCUACGAGCUAGCCAUGGAAUCCACUGGGAACACUCAGCCAAGCACUCCCAGCUCGCCGGCUACUUCCAUUUAUGGUGCUGGACGUCCCGUUCGCUCACGUCCUACGACGCCCGGCGCCUCCGAGCGACCCUCCCCUGCAGUGUUUACUCCGAUGCCAGAUGAAGUUUUGCUUCCAUUUGUCAAUCGUCCCGCCGAGGUUACCCAGCUUCUCAACGAACUGCCUACCUCCCGACUCUUUAAUCUUCUCAGGGCACUUUUUCCAGAGAAUAUGCACCACAUGAAGGAAGGCGAGGAAGACGAAGAAGACCCUACAAAAUGGUCAUUCACGAGGUUAUCGCAACUUUUGAUGGAGACUACCAGAACGCAAUGUGAUGAUAAGUUAUGGGUCGAGCUUGCGAGGACAUGGGCAUUGGGUGUCCCUGUGGAGCUUGAGGUCGAUGAUGAAGAUGACGAAGAUGACGAGGAUGUUGGCAUCGUCCUUGAAGGUGCCGAUCUCAUUACGCAUACCCCCGAAGAUUUGGUUCCUUCAGAAAGUAUCAAUGGGGGCCUUGCUGUGCCUCCGAGGACUGACGAGUCUGUUCCCGAUAUUGCUUAUGACUCUCGUUCGGUGUUCGAUGAGGACCUUGAUGAGCCCAAGGCUGUUCUGGAACCCGUAUUUGCCGAUGAGGAGCUUGAGCUAGGGCAUACCCUGGAACAACCCCUUGGGCCGUCAGCGAGCGGAUACUUCCCCAGCGGUGCUAGCGAGAGCGGCUUUAGUAACCGGUAUAUGGAAAAUAUCGGGGAAGGCGAAGAGGAAGAGGAAGACGAGAGGUCGAGGAGUGCUGCUGCUGCUGUGGCCCCCGCAUCUCGUGAUCCAGAUGUCCAUAUCAAGGAUUACGCAACACAUGAAACGCAAGGAUUAGAGCAUGAGCUCCUGCCGCUUGGAUCACGCAGGGCGCACUUUGGUAUCCCUGACUCCCCCGAGGAUAGUCCUACAUCUACAAAUCUCAGUGACAAAGACCGGGAUCGUGAGAUUCGAGCACUGCAGAUUACUACCUCCCCUGCACCAAGCAGCCUCGGUCGUCCUACUCUUCCAGUAGGCUCAUCUCUUCAGCAUUCUACCUCACCCCUUUUUCGCCCCGUUUCGAAUCUUUCCAUCCGUACUGGGGCUGGAGAUGCCGACACAGGCUCUCCUGCCACAUCCAUCAAACCUCUCGAACACGAGCCUGUGGACACUUUAGAUUCUCCUGCGUCCACGGAUCCUGCGUCUCAUUCAAGUGCCGCUACUGUAUUACCCCUUCCCGCGGGCACAGGUGGAAGGCGUCGACCCUCUGAGGCAAUCAGUGAGGCGAUCAAUGGUGGCGCAUCUAGGUUUUUGAGAGAUCCGAAGGGAUAUCAAGGUUUUGGAGGGUUUGGACUCACGAAUCCAAACAAGCCGUAUCAUCCUGCUUUAAGUGAGCGGGGACCCGGCAAUCCACUGUUUCCCAGUAGCUUCGCCGGUCUGAGCGUUGCACCGACUUUGUCCGCCAACGUGCGUUCCGUAUCCAUGUCUCACGGAACAGAGUAUCCUGCUUCCCUCUCUCACUCGCUACGUUCCACACAUGAGGACUCCGGACGUGACUCUCCAUUAGGUUUGAACCUUAACGGUUUCCCCCUACGUCGGAUCGUGUCUGUCGGUGGCGGAAGGCACCGUGUGAGAAGUGGUUGGGGGGACAUUAAGGAUAGGUAUGAAUACGCUGUCACUACUGCUAGCGCGAGUAGCGAUGGUGGAAGAGGGUGAACUUCGAUCCCUUGGACGUCAGGCCUUCCGAGGGCAUGGGCUGCCAACCGUGGUCUUGACCUCAUUUCCUUGAUCCCCCCCCCCCCACACACACUUGUUACAUAUCUGUAUCUAUCACCAGCACCCAUGUCCAGACUCUCAAGCUGAUCCCAUGCACUUCUCUGUACCCUCUCCACAAGCAUCUCUCUGUUUUCCAUUUAUUGCCUACCUGUUGACGUUCUCGUUUCUUCCAUUCGCAUGCUGUAAACCCCCCUCUUUCAUCCGAGCACCGAUAAACACGCCUCGCAAAAAGAUACCACAAGGCCAUAUCCCCUCUUUCGUAUGUUGUAUGGUAGCCGAUGAUUCGCUGGUUUUUUUUUUUGUUGUUACAAAUUGCUUGUGCUACGUUAUAAUAAAACAUGAAAAAUUCCUGUUUGUAAUUUUAAGCCCU